AAUUGGUAUCAGAGCUUGAAUUGCAUGUUAAUAAACCGGAUUAAGUUUUACAGAAUUAAGGGUUAUUGUUAUAUGCAUAUAUGUAUAUUGUUUGUUCAUGAGAAACAAUCAUCUUUUUCCGGAACUGGGCCAUAACAUUAAUGGGUCCAAUACUGACCAUGCAGAAGCUUUUUCUAUCAAGCCCAAAUGCGCAAACGCGCGUUUUAGUUUAAUCCCAGAAUGGCCGUCAGAACGGUCUCCUCUCUUCAGUUUCAUAUUUUGGGGAUUAAUUUCGAUUCCGCUGAUUUUGUGCUUCUGAUUGAAAUUGAUUUAAGAAACCAAGUUUGCAUGUGUCUUCGAAUCUUUCUAUACAUAUAUAUGCAUAUGAUUAACUCUAAUUGCAGCGCGGGAGCGUCCGGCUUUGCAUUCUGGCAUUUCCCUGUCCAACAUUGAGCCUCUGAAUGGGUCUAAUUUCAAAAGAUGGAAAGAAAAUGUUGAGCUCUAUCUUGGUCUUCAGGGCAUCGAUUUCUGUUUGACUGACCCUGAGCCUAUUAUUAAUGAUCAGAGUGAUGAACCUUCGAUUGCUAGGCAUAGAGAUUGGCACAGGGCGAAUAGAAUGACGAAACUUAUCUUGAAGCAGACUAUGUCACCAAUUGUGAGGGGUAGUGUGAUUGAACCUGAAACUGCUUUAGAAUUUAUGACUGCCAUUGGAAGUUUACAGAGAAUGUGAAGGCUGAGAUAUCACUAUUGCUGGAUAGGCUGAUAACCUCUAAGUAUGAUGCAUCAGGUAGUGUCAGAGAGCACAUCAUGAAAAUUAUUCAGAUUACUACUAGGUUGGCAAACUUAGAAAUUGUCUUUCCAGAUGCUUUUAUUGUCCAUCUUGCCUUGAGAAAUCUCCCUGCAACCUUUAGUCCACUGAAAACAACAUAUUUUGCUCAGAAAGAGCAGUGGGAUCUGAAUGAAUUAAUAGCUAUAUGUGUGCAAGAAGAAGAGCUGCAUAAGAGAGAGGGUACAGUUUCAGUCAAUUUAGUUAAUAAGCCGAGCUGGAAGGGUAAAGGGAAAGCAGCAGGGUCUAGUGCAGUAGCUAUUGCUGGUUCUGGUGAAGGUACUAGUGGAGUUAAGUCCACCAAACUUAGCCCCAAAAAGGCAGCAGGCAAGAUGAAAAAGGCUGGAAAUUUUAAGUGUUUUUUCUGCAAAAAGGAGGGGCACAUUAAGAAAAACUGCAAGGGCUUCAAGGAUUGGUUAGCUAAAAAGGGACUUCCUAACAAAGAGGGCCCCAAGUAGAAGUGAAAUCAAUGUCUCAGUAGGAAACGGAAUGGGAGUGGCUGUCAAAGCUAUAGGGACAGUCAAGUUGUCUUUAGGAUCUGGCUCUAGUUAUAUUUUGGAUAAUGUUUUUUAUAUUCCCUCUAUGAAGAGGAAGUUGAUUUCAGUAGCUCGUUUGGUUAGGAAUGGAUGUACUUUUUUCAUCAAUCUUGAAGGA